GUAGGAUUAGAAUAAAGCACACAGCAGCUUCCACUGCUAUGAAAUCUCAUCCAGAGAUCAGGGGCAGGGAAGGAAUACUCAGUGCUUGUUUGUGAGCCAGCAGACAACUGCAAGGUUGGAUUAACAGAGACUUGGGAGAGAGUGUAAAGAUGGCAAGAGCACCACAGACAGGGGCAUCACGCAGGUUUAGUGGGGCACAGUGGCACCUGCAGAAAAUUGUGAAUGACUCAGUAGACAGCUCUGAUGAUGAGUUCUUUGAUGCCCGAGAAGAAGUAGUUGAAGGAAAAAAUGCCAUCCUGAUUGGAAUGAGUCAAUGGAAUUCCAAUGACUUAGUAGAACAGAUCGAGACUAUUGGAAAAUUGGAGGACAGUGCAGGUAAGCAAGUUUUCUUUUAGUACUGAGUGAUAUUGACAUUUCUUGGAAGUAAGCAAAUAUACAUUUUAAAGUACUUUGAUAGAAUUUCUAUAAAGACCUAUGGAUUUAAUUGCUUACCUCAAUUGCAAUGCCAUCGCUGCUGUCUUUUUAAUCCUGUAUUACCUUUAUUUACUGAACUGUUAAACCUCCAGAAGCUACAUGCAUAAAAUGUUGUAUGCAUGUAGUUUAUGGAGGUUUGACAGUUCAGAAACUAAAGAAACUAUAUGCAUACAACAUUGUACCAUAUUGUAUUCUUCUUUCUCCUUUAAACUCACCUCAGUUUCUCCACUAUCACUUAAGAAAAAAGAUUAAGCUGAUUGAGAGGAAUAAAAAUCACACAAAUCAAGACAGCAGGGAUGACAUGUUGA